AUGAUUCAAAAAACUAUACAAAAACAGCUAUUAUAUAAAUCUUCAUCACCAAAUCCAGAUAAAAAUGUCAAACAGAACCGCUCCAGUCACAAAAGCGUAUACGAUUCGACGUUGGGUUUAAAGAGAGAACGUUUAGGUCACAAAGAAUUAAGUAAUAAAGAGCACAAAAAGAUAACAUCUACUGAAAUAUUACCGCAAUAUUCAAAACAAAUAACAAAUAAAAAAGGACUUGGGAAUAAUAAAAACAAUAGAAAUCUUACACCGCAGGAUUUAGAAAUAAUAAAAAUAUUUACAUCACCAGAAUGGUCGAAAAAAACAUUUUAUACAUCGAAUAAUUCUAUAGUAAAUGCAAUGGUUAACGAUGAUAAUAUUCCGAUAAAUACGGAAUCAGAAAAUAUAUUAGGUAAAAAUGAUAAUGAAGCAGAAUCAGUAGAAUAUCAGCUAGAUACUAUACAAGAAAUUGUCGACCAAGAAACUGAAGUAACUGAUUACGUCGAAGAAAAACGAAACGUAUACCUUCCUAAUGAAUCGUUUAAUAGUGUCCAGGUAUUCGAAGCAGAAGAGAAAGAAUUGGAAAACAAUCAAGAAAGCAUAACUGAAAGCAUGGUGGAGAAUCAAAAUGAUAGGGAAUUGUUCGAGGUAUCCAGUUUUAAUAGUAAAACGCAGCACGAAUUUAAUAUGUCUUUUGAAACAAGUAACGAUAUAACUAAUGAUUUUGGAUCACACCUAUCGCGUACAAUCUCUAAUGUCGAUGCGUCGGACAAAUCAUUAAAAGUUGAUAAGAGCAACUGUAUUUAUAAUGAAGAAGAUGUGUAUGAAAACCAAAUUGGCAUUGAGCAUGAAUGCGAAUGCUAUUCUUAUAAAGAACAUUGUGAAGAACAAGAAGCUUCACUGAAUCUCAAAUCCGCGGUGUCCACAUCCAACUUGUCAUCCAAACAAAUAUGGAACGACUUGGCUUUUAUGCAGCAUUUCAAUUUCAAUGACUAUAGUAGUGACAGCUAUGGUUCUAAAAUAGUUGAUUCAACGCCCACGGGGUCAUUAAACACCGAUGUCAUGACUCGAAUAAUUCGUCAAAACAAAUCACGUACAUUUACACUCUCAUAUUAGUAGUAUUAACAAAUGUUUAUUGCAGUUGUGAAUUAUCUAGGUAACUACAUGACUGAAAAGCAAAUGAGUAAUGAGUCAGCAUACAAAGAAGCCAUGGAACUGAUAUUCGAAGAAACCAAAGUAUCACUGGGACAACUUUUAAUUGAGGGCUUGUUACUUGUGUCAAAGAGACAUCGUCAAGACGCAUUUAAAUACUUAGGUAAAUGGUUGUUGAUUCAAGCUGAUAUCAAAGAUGAAAAUAAAACUGAAGAAGAGUCUAUGUUGAGUUUCGGAAAAUGA